AUGCAUCCUCCGGCAGCCACUGCGCCUCGCACUUUCGCUCCCGAUGCGUCACUCAUCCUGGUGGGCAUCCGCGGUUGUGGCAAGCGCUCGCUCGGAUUCGUCGCGGCCGCGGCCCUUAAACGGCGCUUCAUCACCGAAGACCAUUACUUCAAGGAAAUCACGGGUAUUGCAAGAUCGGAAUAUCUCAAGCUCCACGGAAGCCAAGAAUUCCAACGUCGUGAUAUAGAGGUCCUCAAACUCAUGCUCGACAAUCACCAGUCUGGAUGUGUGAUUGAAUGUGGACUGGGAAGCCUUACACGACCUGUACAAGAUCACCUGCGACACUUUACCACCACGAACCCGGUGGUACAUAUCGUCCGUGACAUCGACCGCAUUCAGCAACUCCUGGGGCUUGAAGACCAGGCUGUACGACUUCUGAGGGAAGGGGAUCCCCUGCACCGAACGUGCUCCAACUUUGAAUUCUACAAUGUUGAGGAUCGCACUCGCAUCGUGUCGGAUGACGGGAGUCCCGAUCCCCGAUCCGCCGCCUAUUCGUUUAAGCUGCAAGAAAUCAAAGAGGACCUCACGCGAUUUGUGCGCUUCAUCACCGGGGUGGACGUCAACCAUUCAAGCUACGACUCGCCAUUCGUCCUGCUGGAAACUCCCCCCGAGCUUCGUUCCUUCACCCAUGCUAUCCUUGUGCGCUCCUCCGAUUUAAUUGACGAUAAUGUGAGUCUGCCAGAGCUGGAAUCGGGAGGAGAUGCCAUUGAACUCUGCGUCGACCGCUGGGGCCCCGAUAUGGCCACCGUGAUCAGCAAACAAGUGUCGCAGCUGCGCCGGAAUGCGCAAACACCUGUGAUUCUUUCCGUCGACACAUCAAAAUCCGGAAUCGGUGAGAAGGACCAAUCUGCGUCAUAUUUCGAUAUCCUGGAACAUGGUCUUCGUCUCGCAGUGGAAUAUCUGGUCGCGGAUCUUGGCCAGAAUCAGUCCCAGCUGGCUCGGAUUGUCCGCGCCCGUGGCAAGACCAAGAUCAUUGGCCAACACAUUUUUGAACCAUCUUCACGCGUGAAAUGGGAGGACGAAGGUGCUGUGGCCCUCUACCAUGAAGCAGAAAAGCUUGGCUGCCAACUUGUUCGCCUCCUUCGUGUAGCAACUGCUCGUGAGGAAAACGCGACAGUCGUCGAGUUUGGCAACAAAAUCCGGUCGUUGCCAGGGGAGCAUCCUCCACUGAUUGCAUAUAAUAUCGGUCGCCUUGGGCGGACAUCACAAGUAUUUAAUUCGAUUUUGACUGGGGUAACACACCCCGCCAUCACUCGAGAAACGGAGAAUGAACGGGAUGUCCAGAUUACAUCUCACGACGCUGUCCGGGCCCUCUUCCAGAGCUACGUGCUUGAUCCGUUGAAGUUUUGUAUUCUCGGAGCCAGCGUCGCCUACAGUUUGUCCCCCGCCAUGCACAAUGCGGCCUUCCAGCAUUGCGGUAUGAGUCACACUUAUAGCAUUCCCGACUCUCCCUCGCUGGCGGUGUUGGAUGAAUUGCGCCGGAACCCACAUUUUGGAGGGUCCAGUGUCGUCCAGCCGUGGCGGGUGGAACUCUACCAAAGGCUUGCAGCUAAAAGUCGACACGCUGAAGCCAUCGGCGCAAUCAACACCAUCAUGCCACUGCGAGGGCAUCUGGAUGGAACGAUGUUUACUCUGCAGGAGCAAGCCAGUCGACGCAACCAGGCAGGCCCGGUUCUCGGCUGGUACGGAGAGAACACGGACUGGGUGGGCAUCAUGACCUGCAUCAAUCGCCAUCUUUCCCCUCGCAAUGCGAUUAGUGCAAAGACCACGGGUCUGGUGAUUGGAGCGGGUGGCAUGGCCCGGUCUGCCAUCUACGCGAUGCUUCGGCUGGGCUGCCGGAAAAUCUUCGUCUACAACCGAACUCAGUCGCGGGCGGAAGAGGUUGCCCGGCAUUUCAACUCAUGGGCCUCGUCUCCCGUUGACUCGGCGGAGGUCGUCCGGGUACUGCGGUCGACGCAGGAUGAUUGGCCCGACGAUGCCAGUCCGCCCAGCCUCAUUGCAUCCUGUGUGCCCGCCGACCCGGACCGUAAUGAGCCUCCGGCGAACUUCGAGAUGCCCCUGCAGUGGCUGGGAAGUCCAACCGGGGGAGUGGUUUUAGAACUGGCCUAUAAGCCUCUUGAUACGCCUCUUCUACAGCAGAUGCGUCGUAUCCGGAAUGAUACCGGACGGUCAUGGGUUUUAUCGGAUGGACUAGAAAACGUGAUUGAACAAGGCAUUGCGCAGUUCGAAUUAAUGACCGGCCGCAAAGCUCCCCGGCGACUGAUGACUCUGGAGGUCUUGCGUCACUACGAGGGUGAGAGUGGACGAUUUGAUGAAAAAACGAUUCAAGCUCGAAUGGACGGCGUUUGGUCAUAG